AUGGCACGCCGCCAGCAUCUGACCUUGACGAUCCUGCUGGUCUUCUUCGGCUUCCUCACAUUCACAUGGUUCAUGUCCUCGGGCACGCAGUCUGCCGCUGACAACUAUGCCGCCGCAAACUUCCCAGUCGACUCGACAGAGAGCCUGAAGCAGCAGCAGAACUCGGGCUGGUCCCCUGGCGAGGUCGACUUUGGGCUGGGCGACAACAUCUUGAAGGGUGGCGCCAUUGCGCCCCGGCUGGGCAACGAGACGGCCAAGCGCGAGCUCGGCCACGCCACGUGGAAGUUCCUCCACACGAUGAUGGCGCGCUUCCCCGAGAAGCCCACGCCCGACGACCAGGUCGCCCUCAAGACCUUCAUCACCCUCUUCUCGCGCCUGUACCCGUGCGGCGAGUGCGCGGGCCACUUCCAGAAGCUGAUCGCAAAGUACCCGCCCCAGGUGUCGAGCCGCAACGCCGCCGCCGGCUGGCUGUGCUUCGCCCACAACAUCGUCAACGAGAGACUCAAGAAGCCCAUCUUCGACUGCAACAAGAUCGGCGACUUCUACGACUGCGGAUGUGCCGACGAUCCCGGCAAGGCGGCCCCGGAGGAGGGCGCCGCCAAGAAGGUCGGCGGGGGCGAGGCGGAGCUCAAGGAGAGGGAGGCGGCUGAGCCUGAGGGCCACGUCGCUGCGUAA